AUGGAACCCCGAGCAAGAGCCGGCAAAAAUGUCGGCAAAAUGAACUUUUCCCACAACGAGCUCGCUCAGCUCCUCUACGCGCACGGCGACGUCAAGAACCCCCUGCCCGAAACCAUCCGCGUGCUCGACGAGAUCCUCACCGACUUCAUGCAGUCCAUCGCGUUUGAAGCCACCCGCGCGGCGCACUACUCGGGCCGCCAGAAGAUCAAGUACGAGGACUUUGAGUUUGCGUUCCGCAAGAACCCCGCCUUCCUGGGCAAGGUGCAGGAGGUGUUUGAGAAGCAGAGGGAGAUCAAGAAGGCGCGGGAGAUCCUGAGAGACGGCGAGGACGAGAUCAUCAAGGACGCCGCCGAGGAGCAGAAGAAGAGGGAGAGGGCGCGGCCCGAGGAGGAGCUGGGCGAGGCGGAUGACGAUGUCGAGGCGGAGGCGGAUGCGCUGGGGAAGAAGAGGUAG